AUGACGCCAUGGAAGGGCUAUGACAGCACACCGAGAAGCUCGGCCAGCGACGGAUGCCGCUGCACGCCGACCCAAAAGCAAUUAGACGAUUACCAGGUUCCGCUCGUCGAGGCCGUGCGACGAUGGGACAUGGGCGCGCUGGAGGCCCUCGCGGCGGACGGCGUGGACAUGGGAGCAUCCAACCGCUUCGGCGAGUCCAUCGUCCACCUGGCCACGCGCAGGGGCAGCACGCCGGUGCUCCGGUUCCUGCUCUCUCACGGAGGCUCGCUGCGGAUCUGCGACGACUACGGCAAGACCCCCCUGCACGACGCGUUCUGGACCGCGGAGCCCCGGUUCGAGCUCGUGGCCAUGAUGCUGGAGAUGGACUGGGGGCUGCUCAGGGCGACCGAUGCCCGUUGGAGAGGGGUGGGGUUGGGGGGGGGGCGUUCCCUCCACCUCGCGCCGAUGCCGCGGUCCCGAUUACGCUUCGCCUGCUUUGGUAUCGAACUCCCUCGUGCCGUCAACGGAAACGGACACCUCGCGUGACCGUCUCGGUUUGCCUCUAUUGUUUUGUUGUCUCUCUAUGAUUUGCUAAUAGGGAAGAGAAGAGUGCGUGGUGGCUGUUUUUUCCUGAUCGAUUUCUACUACGGAAGAAGCGGAGGCGCAUCGACCGGGGGACUUUUUUAGUGUGUCCGGCGUGCCGUGUGCCCAGAAAAAGAGGUUAGGCUGUUGUAACACUAUCGGGAACGAAGGUAUUGCACACGUCCUUGCAGGCAGCAGCACGGGCCCGCUGGUGGCAAUUCUCCUUUUCGUUUUUUUUUGCUUUUGCCCUCGCCGCCGGGCCGUCUUUUGCUCUGCAACACACAAUUGUGGUGGUGUGGACGUUUGUUGUAAGGGUGUAUCGAGUGUGUUUAGCGUUCCCUUGGAAGGUCAGGUCUGUUGAGGUAGAAAAACACAACUGUAUGUAUGUCGUCGUGAACGAAAAAAUUGUCGUGAAUU